AUGGCUUCCGCCCAGCCCUUGACUCUGGCCGGCAAAGUCGCAAUCGUGACCGGCGCUUCAAGAGGCAUAGGUGCGGCGGUUGCUUUAGAGCUUGCCAACCGCGGCGCGAAAGUCGCCCUUACAUUCACCUCCCCCAGCAGUGAAAAUUGCACCAAAGAGGCCGUGGCCAAAAUAAAUGGCCUGGGCAACGGUGCUGCGGCGGUCAUGAUCCAAGCAGACCUGCGCCAGCUCGAUGCUCCGAACAAGAUCGUGACCGAGACGACAGCAGCCUUUGGCGACGACAUCGACAUCCUCGUGAACAACGCAGGAUGUGAGCUGAUCAAGCUGCUGCCUCAGAUCACGCCCGAAGAUUACGCCUAUUGCAUGGAUCUCAACGUACGCGGAGCCUUGUUUAUGAGCCAAGCUGUGCUGCCCUAUCUGCGGAAGCCGGCGCGGAUCAUCAACAUGUCGUCGGUUGGUGCGCGUGUCGGGUUGACUGCCGGCUGCGUGUACCUUACAUCCAAGGCGGCGCUGGAAGGCUUUACGCGUGCUCUGGCUGCAGAACUCGGCCCGCAAGGCCACACUGUCAAUGCCAUCCAACCCGGCCCGACCAAUUCGGACAUGAUGACCAAAAUCCCGCCCGAGAUUGUUGAGCAGCAGAAGAAGACGACGCCGUUGGAGCAUCGAGUGGGCGAACCCGAGGACGUGGCGCUUCUCACUGCGAUGGUGGCAGAGCCGCAGAGUGGCUGGAUGACGGGACAGUGCAUAUCGGCGUCCGGGGGUUGGUUGAUGACUUGA